CGCAGUAUGCAAAUGAGCAAGCGGGGCGAUCGCCUGGCCGCUCCAGCUCACUGUGCCGCCGCCCUGGUGCGGGCGCACACCGCGCGGGCCGGGGCGCAGCUAGGCGGGGCCUCUGAGAAGCGUCUGCAGCUGUGCUGUGAAAUUGAAGACAGAGGUUGUGGGCUGUGGGCCUGGUCUCCCACACCAUGGCUAACUGCCGCCACCACUCUGGAUAUUUGGCCGAUGACGAGGCGGGCCACUCCACGUAUGUGACACGGGUUCAGCCACCCAAGAAAUCAGUGUUCCUGGACAUGGGGCCAACCUCCAAGUUGGGCCGUGAACCACACCCACCAUCCACAUAUGCCAGCCCAGCGCUCCGAUGCCACCGCCAAAAGAGGACGUCCCCUCAGCCCUUUGGUAGCUUCCUGGAUUUCCUGACUGAGGGCCAAGUGCUGGAGAGCCUGCAGACGGUGGUGGAGGAGGCAGCUGAGCGCAUGGCUGCCAUGAAAACAGAGGCUGGGCUGCCACUGGUGGAGGUGCAGGACCCAAUGGAGAUGCCAAGUGUCAGGCACCGGGUGCAUGCCCGGCCCAGCCUCAAGACCGUGCACCGGCACCGUGCUCAGCCCAGCCUCUGCAUGGGCCGCCCCAACAACUACCCCUCCUGCUCCAGCUCCAUGUCCGACUCCCAAAGCAGCCUCAUGGCUGGCUGCCUGGGCUCCCACAGCCGAGACAGUGACCUAGGUGCUCAUGGCUUAGGCUCACUGCCACCUAUGAGGGACAAGCUCCUGCUGGAGAAGAACCUCAAGCGACUGCUGAGGCUGGAAAACAAAGGGAAAGGCCUGAGUCAGUCCUGCUCCCGGAGGGACUCCCUCCUGUGGGACUCCCUGGACAGCCAGACCAGCAGCCUGGGGAACCGGGAGCAGCCCCUGUCCUGGUUCUCAGGGCUUCUGGGCUCGAGUUCAGACAUACCUGAAGCGUCAGACCUGGGACCUGGAGAGCAGGAGCUGAUCUUUCUCCAGCGAGAGUUCAACAAGGAGCUCAAGUCUCGACUGAGUCAGCUGUCAUCCUUCAACCUGCCUGGCUACUGUUCCCUCCGAGAGCCUCAUCACACCCUGGACUUCCUGGCCAAGCACCAGCUCUUCCCAGCCCUGCAGAGCGUGGUCAGCCAGGCUGUGGACAAGCUCAGUGGUGCCUACCGCCGUGAUGGCUGCCCUCUCUUCCCCGCCAACUUCCAGGCCACUUCAGAGCUACCAUCUGACUUCAUUGAGCCGCCACUGACAGGUCGCCGAAGUUCGCCGAACUCCAAGUUGGCUGAAACCACCACUGACAGGGAGGAACCCUGCAAUUCCCUCCAUACCACAGGCUCCAGCCCCAAGAUGACUUCCAAAAAAAGCAAGGGCAAACAGGGCACCCCCUCUAUCCUUAGUGCCCCUGUGGCCACCAGAUUCAGGCUCAAGGAGACACCCACAGAAGAGUCAAAUUUCCCAAAGAAGAAGCCGGUGCCCUCCAUCUCACCCCGGUCCACCACGUCCCGCCACUGCAGCCCCUGGUAUGAGGAGCUCAUGAACUUCCUGACGCAGCAAGCGGUCUCCCUGCUCAUCUGCAAGUACAAGUUCGAGAACAGGCUCAAUAAGCAACUGGGCCUCAUCUCCUUCCCCAUCGCUGAGACUCUCAUGGACCUUGCCUUGGGCUUCAAGAAGGUGAAAGGUUCUCACAUCCGCCUGUCCUCAAAGGUCGACUGGACCUGCCUUUUGCGCAAGCUGGAGGAAGCCGACAAGGCCCGGAACGCCUCUCGUAUCAGUGACAGGCGCAGCACAGAGUCUGUUUCCUCGAGGUCCCCCUCUGCACGCUUCUCCUCCACAAGGUUCUCCUCCACGAAGCCCCCCUCCACACAGGUCUCCUCCACGAAGCCCCCCUCCACGCAGGCCUCCUCCACCAAGCCCCCCUCUACGCAGGCCUCCUCCACCAAGCCCCCCUCCACGCAGGCCUCCUCCACCAAGCCCCCCUCCACGCAGGCCUCCUCCACAAAGCCCCCCUCCACGCAGGCCUCCUCCACCAAGCCCCCCUCUGUGCAGCCCGAGCUGGCCACUGACAAGGACCAACCCCAGGCUGUGGAGUCCCACCACAGCUUCCACGCUGACUUGCUGGCCAGCCAGCCACUCAGCUCUCAGGAGCCGGUGACAGCUGAGGACCAGACGCUCAUGAGCCUGUCGGAGCCCAAGCUUUCCGUGUCCUCUGGCAUUGGUGUGGGCUCCAGUGCCCCCAAGUCCCAGGAAACAGUGAACAUCAAAGACAGCGAUGACAGAAUUGAGAUUGAGGACGAGGAUGAGGACAAGGACGAGGAUGAGUUUGAGGAUGAGUUCGAGGAUGAGGACGAGGAUGAGGCCUCCUUCAAAGAUGAAAGCAUGUCCCAGAGCGAGGAAUCUUUAGUCAGGCACUCUGUGGAUAUGGGUCAGAGUGACCCCCCAUGAGGUCUCUGCAAGCCACACUGACCACUUGAUCCCCUGUGGCUUCUCCUGCUCCUUCAUAGAGUUCUGCCCACCCAGCAGCCCCUGCCCUAAGCAGGGGUCAGCAUGAGCUGAAUGCCCAUGGGGAGCUCUCUGAGACCCUCAGGCAAGCUAACCAGAGAAACAGAAUUAAAGCCUGUGUUGACAGAGCACGGUUUUCAUGUCCUGAGAUUUCAGCUUCUCUUUCCAUGCACUUGCCCUCAGGUAGCGCCAUCAGUGGGCUCAGCCAUGGCCAUAGCCAGCCUUCCUGACAGCUGAUCGUAUGCUGAGCCCCUGGGUAGCAGGGCCAGUGCUGCCUCAUGGCUGCUCUCAGAAGACCAGCCACCUUGCCACUUGCCCCCUUUGCUAUGUGAAUCUUCCCGAUCUCUGAGGACUCCUCCCAGUCACCCCUCACUCAUGGCCCCAGUUCCUGCUUUCAGGGGGCUCUUUCUCUGCCAGGGGUAUCUCCCUUCUUUUGGCCCAGGAGCUGAGUGUCUGCUCUUUCCUGGCGCACUCACAGCUAUCUACUUUCCUAAUUUAUGUUCCCAGUUCCA